GUCCCUUCUCUUUUCUAUUACAUUUCAUGUGUUUUGUUUUGGCAAAUGAGUUUUUCAGCAAAUUGUGUUGUAGAUUGAAAGUUGCAGUUUUCAAGAACUUCAUUAAUCGGUUAAAAUUACUAUAACAUUUUGUGUGUGUACAAUUUGCACUCUAAAGAAAAACGCUGAAUUAAAAUACGUCAACGCACAUAACAUGACUGCUACUGGAGAUCAGCAAAACGACUGGGAGUGUUGGACAGAGAAUUUGCGCGUGACCAAAAAUUUCCUUGUAAAGGGACCAUGGGCCGACUGUCCGAUGCCUCAAGGUGCCGAGUGCCAACUGGAAAUCUCUGAUGUGCAAGGAUUUUUCAGCGAAGGUCGACUGACAAUAAUAACGGGCGAGGCAGACUGCCAGGAGCACAGAGUUUUGGACAGGGUUUUGAUAACUAUGGUGCCGGGUGAGAAAAGUGAAGUGAAAAUUUUCAAAGACGGAGUGGAGCAAGGAAAAGCGACAAUUGAGCUUUUAGAUAUGAAAAAUGCAGAGCCCAUUUAUGCUUGGCAAGAGGAACAAAUUCAAGAGGUCGUAAGAAAAUUAAAAGACAAUGCAGUAACGCUGUUCAAGGUAAAAAGAACUGAAGACGCAUUCCACAUUUUUUCCAAAGCGCAUUCUCUGUUGGUCAUUGGAGAGGUGAAAGACAGCACCGACUUAAAAGCUACCCUGUGCUCAAACAUGGCAGCUUGCCAGCUUCAGCAGAAAAAUUUCUCGCAUGCGAAAAACCUCUCUUUAAUGGCACUCGAGCUCUCUCCAGAUAUGCCAAAAGCGCUCUACAGGCUGGCAUGUUCCUCAGUGGAACUGAAGGAAUACAACACAGCAGAAAGCAGCCUAAAAGUCCUGCUUAAAGAUGAUCCAAACAACAAAGAUGCUAUCAAAUUAUUAUGUAGACUUAAAGAACUGACCCAAGAUUCUGACACCAAUUAUAAAAAUAUGGUGCAGAGAAUGUUUUCGUUAUAAAAAGGUUGUAAGGUCUGUGUCAAUAGCCUAAUUUUAAAUAAUUGUUUCAAAUAAAAGAAUUUUUAUUUACUUUGCAUAAUGUUUCUUUGCCUACAUACAAAUUUUCAGUAAGCAACACAAUAUCACUAUAUAUUGAAAGUGUCUUAUAAUUUUUUUUAAGUGAAGC